AUGAGUAUGUUCAAGAAAAUAUUCGCUGGCGGUAAAGAAAAGCCGCCGACCCCACAGGAAGGAAUACAGAAACUGCGAGAGGUUGAGGAAAUGUUGACGAAGAAGUCAGACUUCUUAGAGAAAAAGGUGGAGGCUGAACUGGCUAUAGCUAGGAAGAAUGGGACGAAAAAUAAAAGAGUGGCCCUGCAAGCUUUGAAGAGAAAGAAGCGGUACGAGAAGCAGCUGGAGCAGAUUGACAACACACUGUCUACGAUUGAAUUCCAGAGAGAAGCCCUCGAGAACGCCAGCACAAGUACGCAAGUUAUUACAGUGAUGGGGCAAGCUGCCAAAGCCUUGAAGGGUGCCCAUAACAACAUGGACGUCGAUAAAGUCCAUGAUUUGAUGGAUGAUGUUGCAGAGCAGCAGGAUAUAGCCAGGGAGAUCUCAGAAGCCAUCUCAAACCCCGUGGGCUUCAAUAAUGAUGUAGACGAAGAUGAAUUACUGGCAGAGCUGAAUGAGCUGGAACAAGAAGAGCUGGACAGCCAGUUGCUGCAGAUACCUGGAGCAGGAGUGGACUUGCCCAGUGUGCCCACUGCAGAACCAAGGGCAGCUAAAGGUCAGGUCAUAGAGGAUGAUGACAUGCGAGAAUUGGAGAUGUGGGCAUCUUAA